GUUCUCUCUCUAUUUCUUCUGAUUAAUUACUCUCUCUCUCUCUCUCUCUCUCUCUCUCUCCGUGUGUGUGUAUUUGACAGAAGUACUUGAAUUUGUUCCUUGGUUAUUGCCUACAAACAGACUGAUUAAAUUUGCUCAAACCCCCACCCCCACCAGAAAGAAAGGGGGAAAAAAAACCAAUCUUGUUGUCUGUUGCUCUUGCUGAGUUUCAAUGAAGAUUUUGGUUUGAUUGAUUGGUUCAUCUAUCUUCUUGUUCUCUUUACUUUUCUAUUUUAAUGAAAUACUGCUUAUAAAGUUUAAACCUUUGCCUCCUCAACAAUUACAAUCAGUUGAUAUAAGUUUGCUGUAUCUUUGAGAUUUGGGUAGUUGGCUGUGUUGGGAAACCGAGUCAUGUGAAGUAAAUAUAAUGUGUUUUUCUAUAAUUCAACUUCUUAUCUAAGUGGUGGUGAAAGAUUAUAACCAUAAAUGGUGAUGGGUACAAGUGUUUCUUGGUAAUUAGUUUUGCUCUUUCUAGAAGAAAAGAAGAUGGAUUCUGAAAACGGCUUCUACCCAGAUGAGUUUCAUUUAGACUCAAAAUGGUUGAUUGAUCCAAAAAAUCUGUUUGUUGGUCCAAGAAUUGGAGAAGGUGGUCAUGCUAAAGUCUAUGAAGGAAAAUACAAAAAUCAAAAUGUUGCUAUUAAAAUUGUUCAUAAAGGUGAAACGGAAGAGGAAAUUGCAAAGAGAGAAUCACGGUUUGCAAGAGAGGUUGCAAUGUUAUCUAGAGUGCAGCACAAAAACUUAGUAAAGUUUAUUGGGGCUUGUAAGGAGCCAGUAAUGGUGGUAGUAACUGAACUUUUGGCCGGUGGUUCAUUGCGUAAAUACUUGAUGAGCAUGCGGCCCAAGUGCUUAGAUACAUGUGUAGCAGUCGGUUUUGCUCUCGACAUUGCUCGCGCGAUGGAGUGUUUGCAUUCUCAUGGGAUCAUUCAUCGUGAUCUGAAGCCUGAUAACUUGAUCUUGACAGCAGACCUCAAAACGGUGAAACUUGUCGAUUUUGGUUUAGCGAGAGAAGAGACGGUAACAGAGAUGAUGACGGCUGAAACAGGGACAUACCGUUGGAUGGCUCCAGAGUUGUACAGCACUGUUACAUUGAGGCAAGGUGAGAAGAAGCAUUACAACCACAAGGUAGAUGCGUAUAGUUUUGCCAUUGUAUUGUGGGAACUAUUGCAUAACCGAGUCCCUUUUGAGGGCAUGUCAAACCUACAAGCAGCCUAUGCAGCUGCUUUUAAAAAAGUGAGACCCAGUGCAGAAAAUCUACCUGAGGAUUUGGCUUUAAUUUUAACUUCAUGCUGGAAAGAGGACCCAAAUGCACGUCCUAAUUUCAGCCAAAUAGUACAGAUGCUCCUUCAUUAUCUAUCUACUGCUGCACCAGCAGGACCACCGGCAAUCCCAUCUCGCUUGUUUAGUUCUGAGAAUAGGGUAUUUACACCAGACUCUCCAGGAACUAGCUCGUUGAUGGCCAUCCGUGAUGACGAAACCCCUAAGGCGAAGUUGGAAAACAAGUCUAAAGGAUUCUUCUUCUGCUUUAAUCAAUGCUACUGAUCUAUAUACCAAAUGAGAAGAUCAGGGUUCCUUAUUGCCUUUGGAGGGUCCCAACUUGAUACAAGGGAAAGCUCAAUGAACUAGGCUAUAAUCCCAGGAAAUACAGUAUAAAAACUAGAUGUUUAAUUAAUCAGCUCUAUCGGUCAGUUCAAUUGCUGUGAAGAGGCUGUCUUGUAAUAUGGUACUACUACUGAAAAAUAUUACUUAGUUGUAAGAUUCUAGUUAGCUCUAAUAUCAUGAACUUGAAUUCGGUUCUAACUUUCAAUAUGAAUAAAACUUGAGAAGGUUCUUCA